AUGCCUUCUCCCUUUUUAACUCCGAGUUCCCACUCCCAGCUGGACCAGCUCGCCCUCCUCAAUCUCCGCCGAGACAAUACCAUUCCGGCCAUCCUCCGACUCCAUGACGACGAAAACCUAGGCUACAAGGAGGGAAACGUCACAAACACGCGAUUCGGGUCAUUCCCUCACAGUACACUCUUUGACAAGCCAUGGGGCUCCCAGGUCAGAGCCUCAAAGGUCGACACCGGAUCUCGAGGCCGUGGUCUUCCCGCGCGCCAGUUCAAGAAGCGCAAAGCAAACGAACUUGACUCUCCCAGCGGCACUGGGGGCGAUGAAGACGCCGACAGCAGCAAACCCACACCCGAAGUACCGAUUGCAGCAGCCAGUGGUUUCCUGCAUAUCCUCUGCCCGACCCCCGAACUCUGGACUGCCUCCCUCCCCCACCGCACCCAGGUCGUCUACACCCCAGACUACAGCUAUGUCCUUCACCGUCUCGGCGUCCGCCCAGGCUCAACAAUCAUCGAAGCCGGCGCUGGAAGCGGCUCCUUUACACACGCAUCCGCCCGCGCCGUCUUCAAUGGAUAUCCGUUGGCCGAAAGCACGCCCAAGCGCCGCCGCCGUCUAGGCAAAGUAUGCAGCUUCGAAUUCCACGAGCAGCGAGCCGGCAAAAUUCGCGACGAAAUCACCGAGCACGGUCUCGACGGAAUCGUCCAAGUCACACACCGUGACGUUUAUCAGGAUGGAUUCCUCCUAAACGACCCGGCCGGCACACCAACAACAUCCCCCAAGGCAAACGCCAUCUUCCUCGACCUGCCGGCCCCAUGGCUGGCCCUUAAACACCUCGUCCGCAACCCACCCCCAGGCACGGAAUCGCCCCUCGACCCCUCCUCAUCAGUCCACAUCUGCACAUUCUCCCCAUGCAUGGAACAAGUCCAGCGAACGAUCAGCGCCCUCCGCCAGAACAACUGGCUACACAUCUCAAUGGUCGAGCUCCAACACCGACGGAUAGAAGUCAAGCGCGAGAAAACAGGGUUGGAAUACGAGGGCGUACGUGGCGCAAACAUCUUCCCGCGGAACGUCGAAGACGCCGUCCAAAAGAUGCGCGUGGUUGAGGAACGCUCUACCCGGUUCCGCGAAAUACUAGGGCAGCAGGGCAAGGAGCAAGACGGCGACGGCGACGGCGCUCCACAACCCGAUAAUGAUAUAAAAACGGAUCCCAACGCCGAUAUCAUGGCAGACAUGCCUACUUUUGUUCCCUCCUCAAGUAUCGAGAACAUCCCGCCUUAUGCGCAAGGGCGCCUUGUGCACCGCGCCGAGUCGGAUUUGAAAACGCAUACAUCAUAUCUUGUUUUUGCGGUUCUUCCGCGUGAAUGGAGUGAGGAGGAGGAGCGGAAAUGUGCGGAGAAAUGGCCUAGUCAGAAUGUGGAUGAGUCGUUGCAGCACCCAGCAAAGGGGAAGAGCAAGAAGCAGCUGAGGAAGGAGGCCAAAGCACAGGAGAAAGAGGAGGAGAUGGCUGAAAAGGCCGAGAACCAGGGGUAA